GUGAAGCCACAGACCAGCGAAGCCAGCAUUUACGUGGAACUCCGUGGCCUGCUGACAACAUGCAAAUCCUGAUGACACUGGGCCAAUGCUGCUGUGCCCUGGCUAUCCUGCUAGCAAUUGUGAACUUCCAACAUGGUGGAUGCAUCCAUAUUGCCAGCUCAGCAUCCCAGAAAGGAGGGCAGCUGGACUUCACCUGUACUUUGUGGUACCAGGAAGAUGAAGCUGAGGGGCUGAUACUCUUCUGGUGCAAAGACAGAUCUUCGGACUGUUCCCCUGAGACCAGCUUAAAACAACUAAGGGUUAAGAAGGAUCCUGGGACAGAUGGCAUCACUAAAAAGUCAUCAGAGUUGGUGUUCACCAUAGAACAAGCCACACCAUCAGACAGUGGGACCUAUCAGUGCUGUGCCAGAAGCCAGAAGCCAGAAAUCUACAUUCAUGACCAUCUUCUUACUGUUCUAGUCACAGGGAACCAUACAGAGAUAAGACAGAGGCAAAGGCCACAGACCGACUUCAGCCAUAUCGAUGGCUCUCUCAGCUCAGGCUUCCUGCAAGUGAAGGCCUGGGGGAUGCUGAUCACCGGCCUGGUGGCCCUUCAAGGUAUGUCCAGAAGAAAUAUGAGUUCGCAUCCUUGCAGGCUUAAUUAUUUCCUAAGAGGGAACUUCCACAAACCCUGUGACAAAAAGAAAAACAAACUUCAAAGCAAGGUAAAUCUGACAGUGAUCACGGGGGAUGGUACAGGGAACGGAGGCCAAGUAGUCCAGUCACCCAGAGGGCCAGCGAGAUGGUCAAACAAGCAAAGGCGUUCGUCGGCUAAGCUUCAGCUCAAACCUGUGCACCCACGUGGUGGAGGGACAGACUGA